CCUACAUGCACAUCCUGAAAGAUGGCGAUGGCAGAGAAGAGCACUAAGCAGAAGCUCCUGUCGGUUCUGGAUGAUCUGGAAGUGUUAUCCAGGUAAUGAACCAGGAGAUGCUGAAAUUAAACAGUCUAACAUGGCAUGAGUUGUGUUAUUUUUGUGUUUUAUUGCUAGAUAUUCAAUACCUUUUAAAUGGACCUCUUCUUCUUUAUUAUUAUGGCACUCAUAGCAAGAUACAUGACAGCCUAGAGAUGUUUCCCAGUUAGAUUUUUGUCUCCCCUCUCAUGCCCUAACUAUUAAAUAUUCAACUUAAUUCACUAAAAAAAUGAUACUUUCUUUUACAGAGAACUUAUAGAAAUGUUGGUACUUUCGAGACACCAGAAGCUUACUCAACCUGGAGAGGAGAAUCAGGUACAUGGAAAACAGCUCUGGCUUAUUCCAGUCUUCCACUAUUUGCAACCAAUGAGGUUCUACGUAUAAAAAUUGUUACUUAAAAAAAAAAAAAAAAAUCUGUCUGGGCAAUUCUAGUAAGACUAAACACAGAUUUUUCUAGUGUUUCUUACUUCGGAAUUAAAAAACACUAGCCACGGUAUAUGACUGUCCCAUCACUCAGCAUGGGAGAAGUGGAUGGAGGCAUCCGUGGUUUCUACAUCAUCAAACAUGGGAUUAAUCAUAUGUAGAGUUAGUUAUCUAUUUUGUGUGAAAGGGACACUAUAUUCGCUAGGACAGCUACAGCUUAAUGUAGUUGUUAUGGUGUCUACUUCCUGUCCCUGCAGGCAUUUUAAUGUAAACUCCGUCUUUUCAGCGAAACAACAGUGUUUAUUUUACUGCCUAGCAAUACAUUUUAGUGGCAGUCACUCAGGCUCAUGCUCUGGGUUGAGGCUCUGAACGUUCUUGUAGACAUACAUUGAUUCAAUGCAUCUCUGAGGAGAUGCUGAUUGGCACAGCGUGGCACCGAACCAGGAUCUAGUAACCAUCUGAGUGACUGCCACUAGAGGUGUUCCUAGGCAGUAAUGUAAACACUAUCUUUUCUCUGAAUUAAAAAGCCUGCGAAUACAGACUGUAGACACUUUUAAGAUGUAGUGCUUCUGGUAACUAUAAUGGCCCUUUAAAUUUGUCUUUUCAAUUUUCAGAUUAUUAUUAUUAUUAUUAUUAUUAUUAUUGGCAUUUAUAUAGGCCAACUUAUCAGUGCUUUCUAGUACCUUUUAAAAGGGGGUGGGAGGUUAACAAUUGAGACAAACUACUAUGUGAGGACCCUGCUUAAUCGAGUUUACAAUCUAGAGGAAUCACUGUUUAAUGUUGUGUUAUUUAUUUGUUUUAUUGCUCGCUAUUCAAUACCUUUUAAAUGGACCUCUUCUUCUUUAUUAAGGCACUCAUAGCAAGAUACAUGACAGCCUAGAGAUGUUUCCCAAUUAGAUCCCUCAUUGUAAAGUUAAAAGUUGUGAUAUAGUAACGUAGUGUUCUAAGUUUUACUAGUACCUUGAACUGGUUUGCUGAAAAUAAACGCAUUUUACUUUUAAUUUUACAUUUUUGUCUGCUUCAGAUUUUGGAUUUGUUAAUUCAGAAGGAUGGAGAAUUUCAGGAGCUCAUAAAGCUAGCUUUUAAUCAAGGAAAGAUUCACCAAGAAAUGCAGCUUUUGGAAAAAGAAGUGGAAAAGCGGGACAGUGAUAUUCAACAGUUACAGAAACAACUAAAAGAAGCUGAGCACAUAUUGGUAAUUUUAAAAAUAAUCCAAUUGUCCAACAUGACUGUGCAGAGCACUAUUUUUUUAACUAGCUUUGCUAGGUUAUCAUAACCUGUGGGUAACCUGAUCACAAUACCUGUGGCCUGAUCACAAUACCUUAGAUCUAUGGAUGCAUAUGUUCCUGCCUUCAAGUUGCAGAGAAUGGAGGUGAAUACAUAAAUGGAGACUUCACUGUCCAAAGCCCAAAAAAUCAUGAAUUAGUAGAUAUAUACCAUAUUAAAAUAUGCAUGUAUUUUAAUAUGUAUAUAUAUAUUUUUUUUUUUGGUGUAUAUCUAAAAAAUAGCUUGUAAAAGCCGCAGAUCUCUUGUCAGAAGUCUUUGCAAGACCUCUCCUUUUAACCUGGUCAAGACUUCGUGACUUCUCAGUGCAGCUCAAUAAGAAGUCUUAGCAAGGCAGGUGCUCUGGUUAAUUGUCAAGCUCUUGAAUUUAGCUCCACGGAUCUAAACAACCAGGAAGUAACAAAACCGGUUGUCUGACUGACUGCCAGGGGAGGUAUAACAAGGUAAAUUUAUAAAAGUGCCAGUUUCUAUUGACAUCUCCAGUUUUUGUAAAAUUGAAAAAACAAAAUGGACAUACUCUUCACACAUAUAUCAUAAUGUGAUUUAAGGGUCUAGAGUGUCCUUUUAAACCCAAACAGAAGCGCAGACGUGCUAAACAGCAUCUUUUACGUGCUUCACAAAUUUGACAUUUCAGAAUAAUUACAAGCAUACCCUGCUUUACAUACACUCGCGAUUAAGCACAUACGUAAAGGUGCAUCUCGAGUACAGACAUUCCUGCGCCUCUUCUGUCAGAGAGGGAACAGGAAAUGGAAGGUUCUAUUCUCGCCCGGAGCAGCUCAUUUCAGUGUCAUUGGGGCAAGAAUUUUUCACACUUUCUGACAUGGCACAGGUUAAUCAUCUCAUUUUGUUUUAUUUUUAUGGGUUGGGUUAGGAUCUGUAAACCUUGAACAUAUUAGGACAAAUUUAUAAUGCCUACAUCUAGCUGAGAGGGGGGAUUUAACUAUAAAUAGGACAAUUACAAGAACGAGCAUACAUUCUAUAGGAGGUGGGAUAUAAAACAUAUUAGGGCAGGACUAUUGCAAUGCAGUACAUGCAUUGUGAAGUGAAAAAAUUUAUUGCUUCACUUUAAGUACAUUUUCGUUUUACAUACAUGCUCUGGUCUCAUUUUGUACUUAAAAGUGCGGUAUGCCUGUACUAUUUUCUACCUAGUAUACUCUAAAGAUGGGCAACUAACCUCUAACUAGGGUUUCCAUGAGUUUAUUUCCACAUUUUCAAGAUCCUGUAUAUUUUCCAUUAUGAUUACAGGAGUAAGCUAAUGAAGGGAACAUGGCUGGCAUAUUUACCUGUCCCCUGACAUGCAAAGGUUACAAAAUGGAGUUAGUGACAAUUGUAACACACCUCUACAAUACUUCUCAUCGAUGGGCUGCAACAUACCAAAUACUUUUCUUUCCAUGAUGCUGUUCACAUGAUUAGAAUAAAGGAAAGAAGAUUAAUUUGCAUCACAUACUAGACUUGCAUUCAGUGCAAAGGGGGGGAAAGAGCAAUUCUGUUUGUUGAGAGACCAGAAGAACCACUACCGACAGACUUUUACUUAGCUAAUCAAAUGUGACAGGUUUUUGUGACUUGCAGGAAACAUAGCUAACCUGGAGAAAUUUUCCAGUUUGCCAAUUCUGGCUAAAACUUUAUAAUUCACUUUGUAUUCUCCAGUAAUUCCAACUUUACUGAAUAUCCCUCAGAGUUAAAGGGACACUAUAGUCACCUGAACAACUUCAGCUUAAUGAGGUUGUUCAGGUGAGAACUAUAGCUCUCUACAGCCUUUCUCAUGUAAACACUGUAUUUUUUGAGAAAAUACAGUGUUUACAUUGAAAGCUAUGAACACCUCCAGUUGCAGCCACUCAGUGAACCAGAGGGACUUCUGAGUUGAUGGAGGCAUAAUAUGCCUCUAUCCACUCAGAUCUGCUGUGCACGAGCAUCCUGUGAUUCAGUAUCUCCUCCCACUGCAUGCAGACACUGAACUUUCCUCCUAGAGAUUCAUUGAUUCAAUUCAUCUCUAUGAGGAGAUGCUGAUUGGCCAGGGCUGUGUUUGAAUCAUGCUGGCUCUGCACCUGAUCUGCCUCUUUGUCAGUCUCAACCAAUCCUAUGGGGAAGCACUGUGACUGGAUCAUGCUAUCACAUGUCAGCAGACUGCUUGUUUUUCCUGAGUCUAACAGCAUGCAGAUUUACAGCUUCUGGCUUGAAUACAGUAAGAUUUUUACUAUAUUUAUGGAGGCAAGAGGGGCUCAGGGGGGCUAGAUGGUCGUGUUAACACUAUAGGGUCAGGAAUACAUGUAGUUGCACUGGUGACUAUAGUGUCCCUUUAAGCAGUUUAUUAAAAACAUAUUAUUUAUUACAAUUUUCAUUUAAAUUGAAAAAUAUAUCCAUUUUCAUUCAGUAGCAUGAAAUAAAGUAACAUUGUGAACAUAUAUGUUUAUCAUUAUCAUUAUUAUAGCCAAACUGAUAUGGAUUACAUUUUAUUUUGCUAUCCUAUCCAAGCUUACAUAUUAUGCUGUGCCAUAGAUGUGUAAAUGACAAACGUGAUGCUUAAAGUGAGUGUGUUACCUGCACGUAUUACAGACCCUCUUUAAAAACUGCAGUGAUAUGUCAGAAUCAAUUUCAUUUUAAUUUUUUUUUUUUUAAAUAAGGCAACAGCUGUCUACCAAGCUAAAGAGAAACUGAAGUCAAUAGAUAAAGCAAGAAAAGGUAAGAUUACAAAAUCAGGCAUGCAGAAGUACUAUUGUUUGUGGAUUAUGACUCUGACAACUAAUAUGUUGCUGUUUGGUUUGUGUAUACUAAUGAGUCUCUGAAUACUAAGUGUUCCGAGUAGUUGAAAGCAGAAAUGUAGAAAAGGGAGCGGGGCCGGACCGCCAUGCUGACCGGUCGCAUGGCGAAGGGGCUCCUGAGAAAUUUGGCCUUUAAGCCAGAAUAGGCAGCCACCCACACUCGCAAAGAGCAAGAAACUACUCACACAGCUGUGGGAAGGGUAGCGGACCCCGAGAUCGGGAAUUUCGAACCUCCCAUGGGAAGCAUGAGACUUCGGAGGCCUACUCUAGGGGGAGUGGGGUGGACGGCCGUUUCCCCGUGUCCCUACUAUACUGCCCCACGCUGGAAUGCUGAAUGACUGCCGGUUCCUGUCCCUCCACCCCCCACCCCCGGUCCACACUGGGGCAAACUCAAGCCGACCUAUGAGCUGACUAAAGGGCAAGGCCCACAGCCCAAGAUGGCGGCGGCUCAGAGCACCCACCUAACCGCUCCUGCGACACAGAGCCACAACAGCUGCCUGAAUGAAGGUACAGCGACUGCAGCGUACCCUCUGCAACACGCGCCUCCCUAGCUGAGAUUGUAGCCGGAGGGGACCCAUGAGUCAUCGCCUGUCCUAGUGACACAAACACUGAGUUCCCCACAGCCUAAUGCGGACUGGGCGAUAUCAGAGCUGACUGCUCACCUCAUGCCAUCUGGGAGUAGACACUCAUGGACGAAGCAUGCAGCCAUACCUGGCAUUGCUGGAGCAAACGUAUCCAUGCACGACAAAAUAAAGAAUAAAAAAAAAGAAAAAAAGAAAAGAAAUGUAGAAAAACUGUAAAACACUGUAUUUGGAACAUGAGAUGGCUAAAGGGACCCUCUCGUUCUGGAUGUGACCCUUGACACCCCCACACACAGUCUCCCACCCCCCUCUCUGUAGAUAUACAGGUUGAAAAAAAACAAACCAAAAACGUUUCCUACUACUUCUGAUCUGAGAGAGGCAAUCUUCAUCCCUCCUAAACUAUGAAUAGGCUCCACCUAUGAGCCUCUUGUUCUGGUCUGCGGGUUUUUGUUUCUUAUCCCAUAAAAACUCCGGGUAUAGGUUUAUGGGAUAUGUAAUUCAUCCACCAUUUCAGUUAUUUCUAGCGAAUUGCAUUGCUCAAUACGUUUGUAGCGGCCAUAUUGUUGCUGCUUUUCAUUUUUUCAGUAUUCACCGGAGUCACUGAUAAUGGCUUAGGUUAUCUUAAAGAACCAGGGAGGACAUGAAUGUUCAUGGUGAAUACACACUGCACUUACACUUUUAAUGGCAAAUGAGGGAGAAACUAUUCUCCAUUUUGAGUUCAGUAACAUGGGGGCAUUAACUGGCCCAAAAACCUUUUUGAGUAAAGUUUAAUGUUAUAGCAACUUUUGCCUGAAUGGAACAAUUUAUGAUCGUGCUUCCAAAAGAAUAGCUGCUGACAUUUUAAAGCAUAACUGUCCUGUAAUAUAUAAACAUUUUGAAUUACUGUAAAGUAUGCAGUAAAUUAUGCUCCAGCUAAACAGAAUUUUUGUUGUGUUAAGGUGCCAUUUCCUCUGAAGAACUGAUCAAGUAUGCUCAUCGGAUUAGCGCAAGUAAUGCUGUAUGUGCACCUUUGACAUGGGUUCCAGGUAAUUUUACAAUUUUUUUUUUAUUUUUAUUUUUUUUAUCCCAUUCAUAGUUUAUUUUCUUUCUGAUCUUAUCUGAUGAUCUUCUCACAAGUUCCCUGCAGCAUAAAUCUCACCCAUUUAUGUCUUAUUACCUCCUUCUAGUGAACUUCUCACCCUGAUCUCUACUUUUCUUUCCUGUAGGUGCUAAUAAAGGGUCAACCAGAUUCUAAUGUUUUAGAAGAUAAGAUUCUGUCUUAUCACUGUAUUAUCUAUGAUGUCUGUAUAAGUAACUGGCAAUCAUGGUUUAAGAAAUGAAUAAUGCUGAAAUCCUUUCUUUUUCUAAUUAUGCUGUUAUGUCAAUGCUAAUGUUAUGGAGCACUAGGUGUGAUAUUCACAUUACCACUGAUUUGCUAAGUGAGAUUCAUGUUGUAAAUUAUUUUAAGGUGAUCCUCGUCGGCCGUAUCCUACAGACUUGGAGAUGAGGAGUGGUCUGCUUGGACAGAUGAGUAAUUUGCCUACUAAUGGUGUUAAUGGGCACUUACCAGGGGAUGCACUUGCAGCAGGACGACUUCCAGGUAAUUGGGAGUAUUUGUACUUUUAUUGUAUUUAGAUUUAUUUUAAAAUAAUCUUCAUCUGAAGAAAAUCCUUAUAAACUGUAAAUUGUAAUCAACCUUACAGAGAUUUAAGUGUGAAGUCACUUUAAUCUUCUUCUGUGAGGCUUCUUAUGUGUCUUGUGUGUUCUAAGCAUUAAGCCAAUAAACGUGUGAAUGCGUCAAUCCAAAUGCCUAGUAUACCUUUUUAAAUACUUCUCCCAGUGUUAAAAUGGACAGCUAAAAUUUGAGAGAAACACUGUGAUGAUGCAUUGACAUUUAAAAUAUUACUUAAAGGGAUACUAUAGGAACAAAAACAACAUUAAUUUAAUUAAGCAGUUUUGGUAUACAGAUCAUGCCUUUUUAGUCUCACUGCUUAAUCUCUGCCAUUUAAACCACUUUGUUUAUGCAGCUCUAGUCACAUCUCGCCGCAUGUGACUUACACAGCCUUCUUAAACACUUUCUGUAAAGAGAGAUUUAAGGAUUAAACUUCUUAAUUUUUUUUUUAUUUUUUAAACAUUCUGUGUUUAUUUUGGCAUCAAUGUCAAUCAUUACCGAAAGGAAUCAUUACACUUAUAGAUAUACAUACAUUUGUAACAUGAGUCAACUUUUAUUGCAUUUUCUUUUUAAUGUAGAAUUUUGUUUCUCCUGCUCUUGGUCACCUUCUAAACCCUGCAGGAGCUAUAAACUUCUAAAGCAAGUUAACAUCUGAUUUAUGUCAGGCUGUGAGAGUCACAACCAGGGUAUGUGUGGCUAGGGCUGCAUAACCAGAAACAAAAUUGAUUUAACUCUAAAAUGGUGUGGAAUUGAGCAGUCGGACUGCAAGGGCAUGAUCUAUAUACUAAAACCUUUUUGUUAAACUAAAGUUGUUUUGAUGCCCAUUGUAUGCCUUUUAAUAAACAUUGUAAAUUGUUUUAAGUUCAUAGAUCUCCAAAGCCACAGAUUGAGUUUUUCACUCAGAGCAAAAUAUUUUUAUUUCCGUAUAUUUAGGGUUUUAUACUUUAAAUGACGAGGCUUACUUAUUGUUGCUUGCGUUUUUCUGUUUUUUAUUUUGUUUUGCAUUCCCAGUUUAUUUUUCUGCAGUGUAGUACAUGGGUUUUAUGAAGUGUAUAAUUUGCAAAUCAUUCUGGUUUUGCCCCCCCCCACCCCCCCUGCCAAAAAAAAAAUGUGUCUCUUCCUUCACAUGGCUUUGUGUGUUUAAUCAGAUUGUGAUUCCUUGGUGCUUUUGUGUUUUGUUUGUUGAUAAUUGUGCCAUGUUAUUCUUUCCACAGAUGUUUUGGCUCCACAGUACCCUUGUGAUAUGUCCAUGAACAUGUUGCCACCAAACCACAGUAGUGAUUUUUUAAUGGAUUCUCUUGGACCUAAUAAGGAGAAUGAAGAUGAUGUAGAGGUCAUGUCUACAGACACUUCUAGCAGCAGCAGUGACUCUGAUUAGAAACCAGGACUAAACACCCAACCCCCCAUGACUUCUGAAAAGUUUACCUUCGAGACCAUGAAGUGGCAUUGGCAUAGUGUGAUCCAAAUGUUUACUUUGCUAAAAUGAAGAGCCUGACUUUCUAAUACCAGAUCAAAAUUAGAAUUAGGAUGUUACGUUGUCUAAAAUUUGUAGUUAUAUUUUUUUUAUUGACACAUUGUCACAAAGUUAACGUAUUUGUAAUUAUCUAAAAUAUGAACCAUCAAAACAAAAAAGACGAAGUGUUUGGCUUUCAGAUUAAAUUAUUAUUCCCACAUGCAUAUCGAAUAUAGAAAGGUUUUUGUUAAUAUAAUGAAAUAGUUGCCUUUUUUACCCAUUCACUGCGAUGUAAAACCUUUAAAUCAGGUUUAUUUUGUAUUUAAGGCAUGGUCACUGAUAUUUUAUUUGCUUUAUAUUUAUCUUCAAACUGAACUGUAGUUCCAUAUCUGUAAAUACAUGUCUUUUUUAUAAUUCCCUGAAUGUGAAUUUGUAAAUGGCUUUAUAUUCCUCAAUUUACCUUUUUGUGUGUGUAUAUGAUUGACAACAUAUUCAUAUAGUGAUGUUAGAGCAUCUCUAAAAUGGCAAGUCUUAGGAGAUGUUUCCAGUAUGUAGUUGUUAGUACCUACCAAAAAUGGUGGAAGGAAGGACAACCAGUGAACUGACAUCAGUCAUGG